AUGGAUAAGGAUGAAGAAAUUUUUUAUGACAUCAUUAAAUCAAAAAAAAAUUUAGAAAACGAGAAUAUCAAAAAAGCUAUCGAUCAAUUUAAUAUCGAAUUUGAAACUGCUAUAAAAUAAUAAUAUAGCUAAAUUCAAUCUCUGACAAUAGAUGGAAUCUAAUUUGAUUCCGAAUUAUUUGAAAAAAUAUCCAAACAAAUAAUAUCUUAAUGCCCAUUUCACUCCCUUGAAUAAAAUGAUUGGCAGUACACCGAAAAGAUUUAAAAAUUUGAAAAAUCUAAGGGAGCAUCCGAAUGGUUUAUACAGCUCGUCGACAAGAAUUUGGUACAUUUUGCCAAUUUUGUUGUAUUUAAAAAGACGGAUGAAUAAUUCAUAAAUAAUAAUAAAAUAGAUGUAAUCUAUUUUAACAAGGAUAUUAUUAUCCCACCAACAAAUUAAAAUAAUGAAUAUUAUUACUAAUAUAUAACGAGAACUGAUUUUUCUCUCGAAUAAUAAAAAUAAUAAAUCGGAGAUUUAAAUUCAAGACAGAUUUCUCUUUAUUUUCAUAAAGAAAAUCUAGAAAAUUUAAUAAAUGCCCAUUAAAAGCUUUUGGGAAAAAAUUUAUAGUUAUAAUUUAUAUUUUAUUUUAACAUGGCGCUGUUAAGAAAAUUGUUCAUAAAUUAUGAUUUCUACGGGGUUCCUUUAACUGAAAAGGAAUUUGUCAUAAAAGAUUUUAGUAAAUCUAUGAAAAAAAUAUUUUUACUAUACACAGAAUCUUGGAGCUGUUAUUUAAAGAAAUAACCUUAUAUAGAAAACAUAAAAAUAAAUAGAGAAGAAUAUAAAAUAUCAUAAAAUUUCUAUUUAUCAGAAAUAUAAUUCUAGCUAAACCUAGAAAAUUACGAAUGA